UGAAGGGUACCCCACAAAAGCACCCAAAAAAUGUGGUGUUGUUGUUCCUCAUUAGUGCUCAUUGAAUAGAGCCAAACAAAACUACAAAACCCUCUCCUCUCACACACACCCACCAUUCUUUCUCAAACCGAUUCGCACCAUCCAAAAAUGGGUUAAGCAACUAGUACCCUCUUCUUCUUGUACCUGAAAAUUUCUUCACUGUUCUCAACCUUUCUCCAUUUCCAUUUCCACCAUGUUCUUCGUACCUUCCUCCUUGUUGGGAUUGUUAAUGUUGGCUUUUCUUGGAAUGCAGUUCCCUGUUGUAAUCUCUGAUUGCCCCUUGGAUUUUACUUCUUCAAACUUUACACUGGCAACCUCUUUAUGCUCAAACCAAAGCAACAGGGGACAAUGUUGCCGAUACAUUAAUGCUAACAUUGCGAUUUCUGUUGCUCGUUUCGCUAAUGCAACAAACGAUUUAGGUGUCCCUCCAAAUACUACUGAUAUCUGCCUCCAAACCAUAUCUCAGACCUUGCAACGUUACGGAGUUCCACAAAAUGUAGCAGUUUUCUGUGGAUUUGGGACAAAAAUUCCAGUUAAUUAUGAAUGCAAGGGCCAAACUAGUGUUGUGCAUAUGCUACAAUCUCCCAGAUUUGUGGAGGUUGAAAAGAAUUGCAAAUUGCCGCUUGGAAAGGAAAGUAGAUGUAAGAAGUGCUUAAAUGCAGGCUUUGGUUAUCUGCAUCAUCUAGGAAUUGCAGAUAAUAUAACACUGAGCACAUGCCGCGAUGCCACUUUUGUUGCACUAGCAAGCCAAGUCAAUGAGAUAUCUACUAUUGACAUUGCAAGUUGUUUCUUUGGAGUUCAAGGACUUCUCAGGCCUCCUGUUUCACAGUCACCUCCAUCCUUCCCUGCUCCAAAGGCGUCUCCAAGUCCAGUGGUUGCUGCUGAUAGCCCAAGUCAACUAUUGUUAGGUGUACCUUCAAAGACAAACCACCAUUCAUAUCACUUGACGUUAGUUCCAUGGAUUGCUAUUGCAGUUACAGCUCUUGCUGUUACAGCGUUCAUAGUCUUGAUAGUUCUAAUUCGCCAAAAAAGAAGAGAGUUAGAUGAGCCUGAAAAUUUUGGUAAAACCUUUUCAAAAACCUUACCACCUUCUGCAACAUGGAAAUUUCAGGAAGGUUCUUCAUGUAUGUUUCGAAAAUUCAAUUACAGUGAGAUAAAGAAGGCAACAGAGGGGUUUAGCACCAUUAUUGGCCAAGGGGGGUUCGGAACAGUAUAUAAGGCUCAUUUUAGUGAUGGCCUAGUGGUAGCUGUAAAGCGAAUGAACAGAGUCUCGGAACAGGGAGAGGAUGAGUUUUGCAGAGAAAUUGAGCUUCUUGCUCGGCUGCACCAUCGGCAUCUUGUUUCUUUGAGAGGCUUUUGCAUCAAAAAACAUGAGAGGUUUCUGUUGUAUGAGUACAUGGGAAAUGGAAGCUUAAAAGAUCAUCUUCAUUCCCCAGGUAAAACACCCUUAAGUUGGCGAACUCGAAUCCAAAUUGCCAUUGAUGUGGCUAAUGCACUGGAGUACCUUCAUUUCUAUUGUGAUCCUCCUCUGUGUCACAGAGAUAUUAAGUCCAGCAACACUUUACUGGACGAGAAAUUUGUUGCUAAGAUAGCUGAUUUUGGCCUUGCACAAGCUUCAAAUGAUGGUUCGAUAUGCUUUGAACCUGUAAACACCGAAAUCCGGGGAACUCCAGGUUAUAUGGAUCCUGAAUAUAUUGUUACUCAAGAGCUCACGGAGAAAAGCGAUAUAUACAGUUUUGGGGUGUUACUAUUGGAAAUUGUAACAGGAAGACGAGCUAUUCAAGAUAACAAGAAUUUGGUAGAAUGGGCACAACCUUACAUGGAAUCAGAAACAAGUUUAUUGGAGCUAGUAGAUCCCAAUGUGAGGGAGUCUUUUGACUUGGAUCAGCUCCGAACAGUAAUCUCCAUAGUAGGAUGGUGCACUCAGAGAGAAGGUAGGGCAAGACCUUCAAUAAAACAGGUCCUUAGGCUUCUGUAUGAGGCAUCGGAACCGAUGCACAGUGAGUUUCUACUAGCUGCGGAAGAUGAUGAAUGUGAGGGAAAUCAGCAGAGAGGAAGAAGAAGUAAAGGGAAGAUCCAAAGAAAUGAGGCAAAUUUUCACACCGGGGAUGGAAGAUAUCUUGCAUCAUCUUCUAGUACAUCUCGGUCAUAUUGCAGUAGAAGCUUUUUGCUAGAGAAUGGCUCACCACAGUCCCCACCAAAUGUGUUCUCAAUCUGAAACAAUCAUUAGGUUCUUCUAGUUGACUUGAAUUUCUCAUUUACUGACAUCAAAAUUGUGGAUUUGUAAGAAGUAGGAACACAUCUCUUAAACUGUCCAUAUGUUAAAAUAUUGGGGAAGACGAGAAAUACAGAGCUUUCUUUCUUUGCUGCUA